CAUCUAUGAGAUAAUCAUAAAUCAUGCGAGUCAUGUUUUUUCAAAGAAUUAAGGUUUUUUAACUGCGGUUACUAAUUUUGGUCCCAUUUUUAUACAGUGCGGCCACUAUGCUCAGGUAGACCUGUUCACCCGCCUUCAGUGGCAUAAGGCAAAUACCCAAUCAAAACAGGAAAUGACCAUCUUCGGUACAUGAUCAUUCAAUAAAUAUGGACCAACUAGACAUGAUGUGAUUUAUCUCCUACCUGCUGACUGGUUUCAUCCGCGAAGUGCACUGAUAAAAGUUUUCUUUUAAGUUCCCCAUAAAUACUGAGAUCUUCUCGGAAGACUCAAUCAAUGGAAUUUUCCCUUCUGGCUGUUCAGAGCAAUGAGCACGUGGUUGAAAUUUCUAAUUUAUUUGCUGCUACUCGGCAUAGCAUGCGGUCACCAGCUGCGAGGAUCGAUCGUGUGCUACUUGCGUCUUCGUUCCGACCUUCAUGAAUCCCUCCGGUCCUAUUUGAGAAAGUGUAGCUACAUCGUAGUGUGCGAUGACGUUUGUGAUCGGAGGAAGCCUUUGCCACCGUACGCUGGAGACACUUUAUCCCUCCUCAAACAGUUGGCGCCAAACGCGAAGAUUUUGCUCUCUAUUCCAUUGAGCGUCAAUCCGUUCGAACUCCGUGCGGAUGAAGGUAGUGAAAAAUUUUGUCACGAAAUUGAGCUUUGUGUGCGAGAUGAUCUGUACGACGGGAUCGACCUGGAUUUUAACGCAUUCGUAUUGGAGUUUGCUGAUCAGAUAAUAUUCAGUCAAUUUUUGGAGAAAUUAAGGCAACGAUUGAGAUCUAAGAUCAUCAUUUCGCUAUCGCUGGAUGCACAACAAUUUUCAUCAAAUCCGUUGGGCAAUGCCAUCAUUCAGAAUGUCGACUUUGUGGUGACGUCCAAAGAUGAAUCAUUUGUCGACGGAAAUCAAGGUGAAGAGUUUGUUGUUCGAAGAUAUUUGGACUCGGCAAUCGAUCGUCUGCUCCAGGGUGGGAUUCCUGCAGAGAAGAUUGUUCUAGGAUUGCAGACAGCAGGAAUUGUCACAAACCCUUCGGAGCAAAUUGACAUGCCGAUCAAAAAGUGUGCCAUUGUAGGAUUGAUUCCGUACGGCCAGGUCUGCGAGCUACGUGAUCAGAGAAUGAGAUUUUGCAGUUGGCAUAGUGACCGUCAGUGCUUGCUCUUCGAUGGGAAGUCAAAGUUGAUCUACGACAACUUGGAUGCGGUAAAGGACCGAGCUGUUCAGUGUACCAAACGUGGUUUGAAAGGAGUAUCAAUUCUAUUGAACUACGACGAUAGCGUGGGAUUGUGCGGAGAGGAGAAAUUUCCAAUGCUGGGUGCCAUCGAUGAAAUUCUGUCACAGAAUGGCAAACAUUCUGGUGCAGAGAACAGUAAAAAUGAUAACAAAAUAGCUUGUGAACAGCAUAAGAUCGACGAUGAGAUGCAUCGUUUGGAACUGGCCAUAGAAAAACUGGAAGAUUCAACCAAUUUGUUGCAAAAAAUAGCUCAUUAUUUGCUACGUGCUUUGUAUAAAUUAAUCGAUGUGAUGGUUUCAUUUGUGAAAAAGCCGACCGAGGAUGAUUCACGUAAGACAGCAGAUGAAUCGGGUUCGAAGGAUCUAGGUUUAGAUGAAAGCGACGAAAAUGAGGACAAACAUGACACUCAAGAUGUGAGCAUCGCAGCGAUUGUAGAAAAUGUGAAUGAACUAGCGCAGGAGCAAAAGAUUCCAGAGAUUGUUUCAAGUGAAAUUAACAAGCAGCAUGCGGUAGAGGCAGAAGAAUCCUUAAAAGAUAAUCCAAUUUCACCACCCGUAGUAGAUGCUAUUGGAGGUCAUAUCCCGCAGAUACAUAGAUCUUUGAUAGGGUGAAGAACUACUUGGGCACUUCCAUGAUUGGCAUAGUGGGCAUUUAUCGGUCUAAUAUUAUUUAAGUUUGAAAUAAGGUGCUCUUCAAUACAACGCAUGUUAGUAUCUUCAAGAAAAAAAAACUCUGCCGAAGUGAAUCAGAAGUGCCAAGUUUAGGAUCUAACUCCCUAUAGGAAUCAUUUUAAAUAUAUUCAUGUAUGACAA